AAAGUUAAAUUACCUUGGCAUCUGAAAAAUCAUAAUCAGGCUCAAAUGCAGAGUUUAGAGUAGCAACAAGAUAGAAAAGUGUUUUGCGUGAGAUUGUAUCACACAAAGUUACACCUUCAUCUCCCGAGUAGCUUCCACGACCAAAGAAUGGAGACAUGUCCAUGAAUGUCUGCGGUGGAGACAAUGCUUGCAAAUCACUGGAUGGUGUAUCGGGAGUUACAAAACGCUUGUAUAGCUGUUUAUCAUUUCCUGCCAUCUUGCAGCUGUAACUCUCGAUACGACCAAAGAUUGUUGAGUCACCAGUUUGAAUAGUCAAUGCGCUGUUAAUCGCUUCAAAACGAGUUGAUUCCAAAAGCUUCAUCUUUAGUUGAUUUCUUGUUUCUGAUCUCUAUUAAAUUCUUGCUUAAGCGACUUUUUUUUGUUUCGUUUCCUUUUCGACUUAAUUUGUGUGAGUUCUUCUUAUUUACCACACACUUCACUAUUUUCAAAUUUUCUUUUUACUUUGAUUUUGUUGCAGCAAACUUUCGAAUUUGGUUUAAAAACCUUUUACGAUGCAAACUUUUUUGUUAUAAUUAACUUUACUUUUAAACUUUUUUAUAUCAAAUUAAUGCAAGGAUAUGCAAUUAAUUCAUUUAAAAGAGUCUUAAGCAACUUAGUACUCCGGCACUAGAGUAUUUUACCAUUUUGGGUGAUUUUAUCAAGUUCUUCUUUAUUCUGAACAUACUAGCAGGAUGUACACUUAUUCUCUUUUUGAAUUGAAUGUUACUUUGUUGUACACGCACUUUUGAUUUGUUUUUAUUUUGAGUUGCUUCUACUUCCAAGGACAUUACACAAUUAAACGAUUUUUUAUUGUGUGAAUUUUUUUCGUACAGCUGAUCUCUGAAAGCAAUUUCAGCUGCUUCUAUUUUUAUACAACUCUUUUUUAUUGAAAAAUAUUUUUUUUUUACUUUUUGUUCUGAUUUUUGUCAGGGAUAUCUCGCGCCAAUAUAUAAAAAUAUUUUUGUUUUUAUUCGCACUAUACAAGCACAAGUCUCUAAUUGUUUAUUUGCAAACACCCAGUAUAAGAUUUUGUUCUUUUUCUUUACUUUUUUCGGUAUAUAAAAACUUUUUUCGCUUUUAUAAAAUAUUACUAAUACAACUAUAAGUGUUCAGAAUUUUCAAAUUUAGAUUUUUCCAUCUUUGACAAUUAUUUUUCACGCUUAAGCGACUUAAUAUGAUAAGAAAAUUAAUUUAUGCAAUGAUUUUUAAUCGAUUGUGUAACUUGCGUUCACUGAAUAGCAAUUUUCAAAAAUUUUCGCGAUCUAUAUCUUUCUUAAAACGUCAGGGGAAUUUCAAUUUGAGCGCUUUGGUUUUAAAUUCCGCCAGAAAAUAAUCUUUCGUAGGUCACUGACGAGAGAUCUAUACAUACGUUAGACAUAUGGACUAUUUUGAAUUCAAAAAUGUGCGGGAAGCAUGUUGCACGUGGUUAACUGUUUUAUAGAAUAUAAACCCACAUAGCUGUAAAUCUUUAUGUUCUUCUAACUUUGAAAAAUACAUGUUCCUAUCACAAUUGCCGUUUAAAUUGUUCCAUCUUUCAUAAAUUAUGAUCGUCCACUCGAGACUACAUAUGAUGUUUUGAUUUGUGUCAAAAAAAGUACAUUAUUGAUGCAAUUGAGAGAAAUUUAAUUCAAUUUAAGGCGUCAGAGAACAAGAGACUUGAUCUAUAUGAUUUUUUUUUUAUUGUUGUAUCAAUUUUUUGUUUUUCUUCUCUCGAAAUCUCGAUCUAUAAAAUAAAUAAAAAAAUUAUUCUCAUAGUCAAAACAUUUUUUUCCGUGAGCUUUAAGUCUCAGUUGAGAUGUAUCUAUCGUCGCGAAAUAUUCUUUCAGUCUACUAAAAAUUUUAUUUCCAUUUUUUUUUUAUUUUCGCGAAGAAAUUUUUCAUCUAAGAAUAAAAUUGAACUUUGAGAUCAGCACAUUAAAUUUUAUAAGAAAUUAAAAUAUGUAUCGCGACGUACCGACUCAUCGAAUGUCGACAAAUUUCGCAACCGCAGAUCGUCCACGAUGCAUGCAAAGAUGUGAAUUCUACCCUCAUCAGUAUCAAUUACAUCAAAAAAGAAGAUAUAGAAAAUUUGAUUUUUACGGAGAUGAUGAAGAGUUUGAGGAGCCGACGUGGUAUUAUAAUAUGAACCAGCAAGGAACACACAGCAAUGGAGUAAAAGGAAAAGCAUCGUAUAAUAAUAACUAUAGAUCAUCUGCAAGCAAUGCCUCUAAUCGGUCAUCAACGUCUGGAUUUCAGUCAUUUUUUCGUUGGUUUAAAAAAGAUGAUAAAUCACAUGCAAAAGACAUUAGAUAUCCACGCGAUUUGACUAGUUCUACAGAUACAUUAGAAUUUGAUCAUGAUAGACGACCCGAACGGGUUCAGAAUAGGAAAAAAUUGAGAGCCUUUAAUAGUACUGACACAAUCACUCCGCCUUCUAGUCCACGAAAUAGUCGCGCAUUUUCACAAAGUUCUAGUUGUGAUAGUGUAUUCAGUACAGCAUCUUCAUUUGCAUUUGUACCGCCAAUCAAAUAUUUAUUAAAUAGGAAUCAGAAGCAAGUCGAAAGAACAAUAUUAGAUAAUUCAUACACAGAAAGCUAUCACAAGAGAGUGAAAGCAAGGGAUCGUGUACGAGAGAUUGAUAAGAGUAAUGAAGUAACUUUAAGACAAAAAUAUCACCUAUAUGCUGAGUCAUCAGAUGUUGAAACGAAUAAUAAUAAUAAUAAUAAUAAUAAUAAAAAUUAUAAUAGGAAUAAGUCAAUCAAUAACCAAAAUAAAUACCAAGAUUUAAGUCUGCCAAAUAAUCGAAGAAUAUCAGAGGAAUCAAAUAAUCUACCUGACAGUGCAAAAUUAAAAGAUCUCAAUGCUGUGACGAAACUUCAUAGGAGAACAAGCAGUGAUACAUCAAAAGAUAAAAAGGCUGGAGCAUUUGUACAUGUGAAGCACAAACGUAAAGCACCGCCACCUCCUUUAGAAUUGAAUAUCAAUACAAAGUCUUUAACGCCGAGAUCAACAAGUCGAAAGAAGCGUCAAGCACCAUUACCGCCAAUUUCACCCACAACAAAAGUAUUAGAAGAAGCAUCAUCGGCAACAAGUUUAUUAGGUGAUAAAGAAAUUCAAGCUAUUAUUCACGGAAUUCCUUUACUAGUCAAAAAUCCAACAAGUGCAUCAACACCAGCUGUUUCUGUAUCGAGUGAGUCGCCAAAAAUGGAACCGAAACGGCAAUAUGUAUCACCGUAUUUAAAAAUUAGAGAAGAUAGAAAACUGACCGAUGAACAGAAAAGAAUGCUGCUUGAGCAAGUUUCAAAAACUCAUCAAAAAAGCACUGAUCAAAUAAAUAGGCAGUCAACUAAUCAAUUGACAAUUGAGAAUGGUCAAUUAGUGUAUCAAAGGGCAGAAAGUCCAAAAAUAAUGAAGAAUGACAAAGAUAAAGUUUUUGCACCAUCAUCGCCAAUAUCACUGCGACCGUGGUAUAAAAGAAAUAAUACUAAUACUAAUCAAAAAGAGACUAUUCCAUAUAAAAAGGAAGUUUUUUUAAAGACGAUGGAGAAACGUAAAAAGAAGGAAGACAAAGACUUGCCAGAAGUUGGAUAUUCAAGAAAUUCAUUCUUUGAUUCAGCAAGUAAAUUCAACAUUUUCGCAAGGCUUGGUGAAGACUCUAAAAAGAAAGAAAAAGAUGCAGAGAAACGAAGAUCACAAAUUGGAAUUCCAAAUAUUAGCGAAUUAGAUCGAGAAGCUGCUGAAAUUAUCCAACGUGGUCAACAGAAUGAAGUCACAAAGGCUGUUGUAAAUGGUGAUAAGAAUUAUCCACUAAUAGAUGAAAAAAAGGAUGAACAGGAAGAACCAGUAAACACGAGAGAACUGAUCCAUAAAUUUGAAAUAACUUCAUCACACAUCACAAGAAUUACUGUGAAUGGUGAUUUUGUAGGACGUGAAGAUUUAUUUGGAAAAAAUGGCAACAUUAAAAUUGAAAAAGUAUCUCCAAAAUUGCAAUUAAAAAGUCUAGAAGAAUCGCCAUUAAAAACGAAACUUCCAGUAGCAAUAAAUGGAAGCAAGAAAACAAGCAGCUUAAUGGGAUUAUGGAACUGUCCUUAUUGUACACUUGAAAAUCCAAAUUGGAAAAUAAUUUGUGAAGCUUGUGGAAAAAUUAAGCCUUAUGAGAAACGUUUUGUUCAAAAUGAGAGCUCUAACAUCCCAAAGCAAUCACCAACACCACCAAGAAAGUAUUCAUUCGAGAACAACAAAACUGAUAACAAUCCUUGGGAUAAGAAAACUGAGCUGGUGAAAAAAUACUUUCAUCCUCAAAAUAAGCUUAAUGAACUAUCUAAAUCAUCUUCUGAAACUUUCAUAGCUAAUAACAUACUGAAGAAAUCUCCAUCACCAACUAGACGCUUUUUGGGAUCACCAAAAAUGCUUCCUAGAAAAAUGUCCGUAGAUAAACCAGAUCCUAAACCGCCAAAAAUUGAAUCGAUAGUCGAAGAAUCUAAUGAAAAUGAUAAAGUUCAAGAGAAAGUACCUCAAAAUUCAAGCUCAGUGAUCUUCAAGACUUCUAAAAAUGUUUUACCUCUAAUUAAUGCUGAUAAAACAGAGCAACAAAAUGGGGAUGUAAACCUUCGUUCAACACCUGAUUUAAAUGAAAUUCGAUCAGCUAGACUAGCCAGAUUUCAUACUUCACUAGAAAUAAAGAAAAAUCAAUCAGAAGUCGAGAGAUUGAAUGUGACAGUUAAUAGAAAACAAAGUCCUGAAAAGAAGUUCUCUGACAAAUUAGAUUUCUCAGAUCCAGCUGCCCUUGAACGAGAAAAGGAAAGGCUUCGUGACAAAAUUCGAGCAAUGAAUGCUAAAGCUUUGGCUGAGAAAUAUCCAGUACUUAAGAAGCCAAUUAAUGAAGAGGAAAAUGAAUCAGAGAGUUUAACUGAACAGUCUGCAUCUUCAGAAAACUCAAAACUCGGCGCCAUAAAAAAAGUACUAAAAAAGCCUUUGGAGACUCGUCAAGAUAGUUUUGAGAAUCAAGCAAUUGCUCUCGAAGAGAAAAUCAUCAAUAAAGAGUCAAAACCUCCAGAAGUGCCAAAAAUUGAAAAGCGUGAGAAAAUUUCUAUAUCAGUUCAAACUAACCCAGAAGUCAAGAUCAGAAAGAAAUCUGAAGAUUUACUUCCAACAACCGUUGCUGAACUAUCAAAAAGAAAUGAGAAAGAAGAAGUUAAAGUUAAUGGAGAGGCUCUUAAAACUAUUCCUACAAUUCUAAAUGGUUUUACUGAGAAAAUUCUUGAAAAGGUUGAACCUAAAACUUUAGAAAAGACAAUUGUUAAGAUAGAACCAAUAGCACUUGAGGUCAAAGAGAAAUCAUCGCCAAUAUACACAAAUACAAUUGCCAUAAAUAAAAUUUUAAGACAUUUGGAACAUGCAAUAUCAGAAGGAAGACAUGACGAAGCAGCACAAUUAGCAAAAGAUCUAGCAAGAAUGAAGGUUCCACUUCACGUGACAAGACAGAAAAAACGACCAAAAUCUGGAACUGACUUAGAAGUUACAAAACUUAGUGCCUAUCUAUAUAUCAAGGAAGAUUACAGAGAAAUGGAAGUAAAUUGCUACGAAAUUUCCCCAUUUAUGACAAUUGGUGAUCUAAAGCUGCAAAUCUCCAAAGACUAUUAUAUUCCAGUAGAGAAGCAAAUAUUGUCAAUUAACAGCAUUGAGGUGUUGAAUGACAAAAAAGUCCUGAAUGACCUUGGAAUGCAAUUUGAUAAAAAUCUCAAAAUUAAUGUCAAUGCAUCAAAGAAUAGGAAAAAUUCAGAAUCGGAUGACGAGUUGCAAAAUGAGAAAAUUGGAAAACUCGAUGAAGCUGUUGGAGGAAUUGUCGAUUCAAAUAAGUCAGAACAAACAGAAGCCAAAAAUAAAAUUGAAGACAAAGGAUGGGAGUGUCCGUUAUGUACUUUAAUAAAUCUUCCAAACAGACAACAAUGUCUGGCAUGUUCAACAUCUCGUCCAAAAGACAAUAAAGUUGCAAAAUUAAAAGAAUUAGAAUAUCAUUUAAAAGUAAACGAAGAUCUACGAACAUUCUUUGAAAUGGAUAAAGUCGAUCUCAGACCAAAGCAUGUUGAGAAAAACGAUCUUAACCGUCAAAGUGUAAACCGUAAAUCCUCAGAUCUAUUAAAUAUCUUAGUCGAAGACAAGAACUUAUUUAAGAAAGAAAUUUUACCUCAACAGCAACAACAAAACACAAUAGUCAUGACGGCAGCAAUUAAUAAUCCCAACAUAACGAGAAAUAAGUAUCGAGGUGUAGACAAUUUUAAUCCCUAUAAAUCGUACUUCUUUCCUAAAACAGAAGUUGCUUCCAAUCAAAUACGUAAACCAAUUAUUACAAAUGUUAUAUACAAAUCUAGUCAAAAAGUUACCAAAGAAAUACCAAACAAAAAUCGAAGUCAUUAUCAGGAACUUGUAAGUUUGGAGAUAUCAGAUACUGUUCCCAAUGUAGAUAAAUUUGAGUGUGCUAUAUGCUUUCUCGAAAUUGAACCAAAAGCUGGGGCAUGUCUUCGAGAAUGUCUUCAUGUGUUUUGCAAACUAUGUUUAGAGCAUCAUAUAAAGUACAGCGAUGAAGCUGAAAUUAAAUGUCCAUAUAUAGACGAUACAUUCAGUUGUCCAUGUCUCCUUCAAGAACGAGAAAUUCGUGGACUUGUGUCAAAGGAUGAAUAUGAGAAGCAUUUAUCACGAUCUAUAAGAUUAGCAGAAAAUUCAAUGGCAAAUACUUAUCAUUGUAAGACUCCCAAUUGUAAAGGAUGGUGCAUUUUUGAAGAGAAUCUAAACACAUUCAAAUGCCCUGUUUGUACAAUUGUGAAUUGCAUAACAUGCGGGGCAAUUCAUGAUGGACUUAACUGUAAGCAAUAUCAAGAUCAUUUGGUUAGAGACACUGAUAACGAAUCAAUAAAUCAAACUAAAAAGCUACUACAAGAAUUAAUCGAAAAAGAUGAAGCAAUGAAUUGCCCAACAUGUCAUAUAUUUUUAUUAAAGAAAUGGGGUUGUGAUUGGCUAAAAUGUACGUUCUGUAAGACAGAAAUAUGUUGGGUGACGAAGCAAACUAGAUGGGGCCCUGGUGGCAAAGGAGAUAUCUCAAGUGGAUGUAAAUGUGGCGUGAAUGGAAAAAAGUGUUCGCCAAAGUGCACAUAUUGUCAUUAGGAUUUAAAAUACAACCUUUCUCUUAUGUUCUGACAAUUUUUUAAACUUUUGAUAUUUGAACGAGAAACAUACAUACAAUAAAACUUUUUUAUUAAGAGUGAUACUUACUGUAAAUCUUGAAUAGCCUUAAUCUGCGUGUAGAUAACUUAAUAUUGCUUGGAUCAAGCUGUCACUCAAAAAAUUUACAUAAACAUCUAAGAUCUCUUUCAGGAUCUCGUCAAUCAUUUGAUCAUCAUACUCUGCCAAGUUCCUUCCUACUUCAUAUUUAUCAAAUAGCUUAAAGCUUUCAUUACUUUUAAUAAAUUUGCGUCGUUUUGUUCCAACAUGUAUCAAAAUAUCAACAAAAUCUUUAAAAUCCAUUCCAAAAAGUGACUUGGUCAUUAACUGACAAUGAUUAUCAAAAUCAUACAUAUUCUUACAGUCUUGAAUUUCAGCUACGACAUCAUUCCAAUUUUUAAAUAAACUAUCCUUAAUCUCGUGGAUGUUACAGCUAUUAAACCAGUUAUGAUUUAUAGAAAAUACAUCGGUAAGAUUUAAUACUUGAUGGAACCAUUUACUUGGUACAAAUAAAAUUUCGUUCGGUUCCUGAAUGAUUUCAAAGAACUUGACAUUCUUUUCUUUGAGUAAAUUGCUGUCUACAGAUAUUGGUAACUGUCCAAAACUGUCCUUUAAUUUAUCUUCAUCUCCAGGAACUAUCAUUAACCAUUGCUUUGUGCCACAAAUAUUUCCAGACCAGCUGUAUGAGUUAA